AGAAAACACCAGGAUAAAUCCAAAUGUGCUUUUCUAAGGCAUUAAGAGAACUGGCUAGAAAGCAUCCAAGUGUGAUCACUAUCAUACGUCUUGGUAAAUGUUCACAUGUUAUACUUGGUGUAUUUAAUUGUUUUCACUAGAAUUAUUAUUAUUAUUAUUUAAUCUGUAAGGAUGCUCCCUGUGGUGCAGCAGUAAAAGUUAAUCAGGGCAAAGGCAAAAAUGUUUAGCCUUUACUGGAAGUAGAGAUGCAGACAGCCUACUCUGACUACUCGGUCUUUAUGGUAGGGACUGAAAAAAAUCUUCAGCUGUGGACACCAAGGUACUUAUAGCUUUUGACUCUCUGAACCUCCACUUUAAGGCCAAUUGUCCUGAAGAUGUAGCAAUAGCCAAAAAUACACUGUAUGGGUCAAAAUGAUCAAUUUUUCCUUUAUGCCAAAAAUCAUUAGGAUAUUAAGUAAAGAUCAUUUUCCAUUAAGAUACUUUGUAAAUUUCCUACUGUAAAUAUAUCAAAGCUUAAUUUUUGAUUUGUAAUUUGCAUUGCUAAGAACCUUAUUUGGACAAUUUUAAAAGGCGAUUUUCUCAAUAUUUGCACCCUUAGAUUUUAUGAUUUUCAAAUAGUUGUAUCUCGGCCAAAUAUUGUCCUAUCCUAACAAACCAUGCAACAAUGAAAAGGUUAUUUAUUCAGCUUAUUAUUGACCCUUAUGACUGGUUUUGUGGUCCAGGCCUCAUCUCCAAUGGAGGGCAUUUGCAAUUUAUGUGUUUUAGGAAAACAGAUGGCCGCUGAGUGAACUGACUUUUCUUUAACCCAGCUUCACAACAGAAGUUUAUUCAGUGUAGGGUUAAAUUACGGGGAAUGUUCCCUUUGAACGACCUAUGGACAGUGGCAAUAAUGGAGCUACUAUUUAGCUCAUCAGUUUCUGAGUCAUACUUUCCAGAUUUUGCUUCAGGCCUGUUGGUUCUAGCCUAGAUCUUUAGCCUCUGCUUUUACUCCUGAUAGCGUUUAUGAUUUGGAAUAAUACAUUACAGCCUCUGGAAGGCAUCCAAGCAGUUUUACUACUCAAAGCACUGAAAAGUUCCUGAGUCACGAUGAAAUGUUAUCUCAUGGUUACACACACUGUAUGCGUUGUGCAAUAGGGGGGUAGAGGCCACUCUGCAUGCUAUACAAAAUGCCGUACUGUGCAGCAGGUUGGCUGACAGAACCAGAAUUUCAUUUUUGAACAUGGCUGUGUUUAAGGCAUGCAGUGCUUUAGUGACAGGCGCCAACCGAGGCUUGGGUUUAGAAAUGGUCAAGCAGCUCCUGGAAGCCCAGUGCUCAAAGGUUUUUGCUGCAUGUCGUGACCCAGAUGGGCCAAACUCUGAGGCACUGAGAGAACUGGCUAAAAAGCAUCCAGAUGUUGUCACCAUUGUGAAGCUUGAUGUUGCUGAUCCAUGCAGUAUCAAAGAGUCUGCCAAAAAAGUGGGUUCUCUACUAGGGAGGAAUGGCCUGAACCUGCUCGUGAAUAAUGCUGCAGUGUUGCCACAAAAAACCAUGCUGACCGCAACUGUUGAGGACAUGCAAAACGCCUUCAACACCAACGUGAUAGGACCUUUGUUUGUCAUUCGGGAGUACCUGUCAUAUCUGAAAACAGCAGCUAAAGCUAGUAGCAAACCAGGGAUGUCAUGUGAUAAAGCAGCUGUGAUCAACAUCUCCACAGAUUCAGGAUCUAUGACCAUCAUGCCAGAAAUAAUAGAUCCAUUCCCAUUCUUCCCAUACAGCAUCAGCAAGGCUGGUCUUAACAUGUUGACAGUAUAUACCGCUAGGGACUUUAAGGCAGAUGAGAUCCUUUGCAUGUCUCUUCACCCAGGAUGGGUGAAGACGGACAUGGGGGGUGGAGAUAUGGCACUUAUUGAUACCAGAGAAAGUGUGGAGGGGAUGCUGAGUGUCAUUGGCAGUCUUACUGAGAAGCAGAAUGGAGGAUUCUUUGACUACACUGGAAAAACAAUGCCUUGGUAAACCAGAAAAAAAAAUCUUAAAUGAGGAAGUUUAUCAAAGACGUUCAACUGAUUUAUUUUACCCAUUAUAAAUAAAGCCAUAAGAACAGUCAUUAAUGUUUAACAAGUUUAACUUAAUUCUCUAUGUUCAAUACAAUAAAACAAAGAAACAA